AUGACGAAAAUAGCUAAACAUUCAAAAAGGGAAGACUUCAUGCCACUAACAUUCCAACUGUCCACGACAUGGGAGGAAGCAAUACCGGAUGAAAGAAAAACUUGCAUAGAGAAAGCAAACAAAAGCAUGUGAAGUAAUCUGCAGUGUUAUAGCUUUGAAAGACGGCGAAAAGCCUUUUCAAGCGAUACGCCAGCCUACCGCGAACGAUCUUGAUGAACCAAUAGAGGAUUUUAUUGCUUUGAUGUCUGCAUAUCGAGGUGCCAUGACAAAGAAUGUUAAGAUUCAAAUACUCAGCAUCUACGCUUAUUGGUAUACCAUGAAGUUGUCACAGAAAUUCCACGAGCCUUAUGAAAAGGUAAGUUUGAGACAGAUAAAUAAAGCGAGAUUGCAUGAAAGGAAACGAGGACCUGGGUCAAAUGUCCCGAAAGUAUUCAGCCAUCGAGUACGUCUGGACACAAGCAAGUCGAGCACUUUACAGAUUUUGCAAACCGUCCUUAUUUUUACCAAGACGUCGCCUUGGGAACGCGAACACUGACCUUAGAUGGGGGACGCAAAAUAACGAUGCCAAAAGUAAUCCGGAACGCGACUAGAUCGACCAUGAUUAUGUAGUACCUUCAACAUUGCAAAGAAGAAUAAUUUGAACCGGCUAGCCGCUCAACCUUUUUUCAGCAUUCUCAGCUUGAAGUGAGAGAGGCUUCACAGCAGAAGUCUCUCAGUGGUCUUGACAACAUUGCAGCAGAAGGGGUCGCAUCUUUUGAGCGGCUAUUGAGUAUUCUGGAAGAGCUGAAUCAGACUCGUGCCGACAAAAGAAGAGUUACAGAACUGGCAAAGAGAUUGAACGAUGGCAAAAGAUACCUGAAGACGGAGUUUAAAGUGAACUGUUCAGCCGAGGAGAGUGAGUGCCCAGACCACUGCGGAAAAUUUGCGUUAAGCGAUCCAGUUGAUCCAUGCUUCAACCAUCAGUCCACACACACACAAUAUGGUGUGUGAACAAUGCGAACAAUUGAAGGCAACGUUGGACGAGAUGGAAGAAAGUAUAAAGAAACACUUUAGCCAUCUUUACAGCCAAAACAAAAGCAUGAUCUUCUUUACGAUUUUGAAAGAUCUAAGAAUGGCAUUUUUCUUUGGAUAUCUCAUGUCUUACGCUCUGUUAACCAAAAAUCUGCUAAACAAGAAGCCCUCCACUCAGUCCUUGUUGUUAUUGACUGGGCGAUGAAAUUUCUUCAAAUGAAAUACAGAGAAAAACAAAUUGAAUGGUUUGGUAAAAGAGGCCUUAGCUAGCAUAUAAGCAGUGUGAUCUCAAAAGACCAAGAAACUCAGAAAGCUAAGGUCCUCAUGUCGUAUGCCUAUUUAUUAGAUUCGUGUUGUCAAGAUUAGUAUGCGGUUAUAAAACCUUUUUCAAAACAUCAAAGUAAAUUUUCCAAAUGUUAAGCAGGCAUUUCUACGUGCUGACGAGGCUGGCUGCUACCAUUGCAAUCAGCAGCAGUCAAAGAUAUUGGAGAUCGAGUGGGAAUUACAGUUGCACGUUAUGAUUUUUCAGAACCCCAGCAACGAAAGGUUGUUUGUGACAGG